AUGAUAAUUUUGAACGUUUCCGACGGUCUGGGCGGGAAGAAGAACAUUCAGGUUGUGUUGAAUUUUAUUUUGACCAAACGGCUAAUUUUAGCAAAAAGAAAAAAAGGUCCCAGAAUCGGAAACGACCUUUCUCCCAUCUUUAGUAAAACAUGAAAGAGACAGUUAGCCACCAGCAGGCCCACCUGCUCCUCCAUAACAAGUUUGUUGUGGUGUUGGGGGACUCCAUUCAGCGCUCUGUAUACAAGGACCUGGUCUUACUGCUGCAGAAGGAUGGAUAUCUCAGCUUGAAACAACUGAGGAGCAAGGGAGAGAUGAGUUUCGAGCAGGACUGCCUGGUGGAAGGAGGUUGUCUGGGUCAGAUGAAUAACGGGACAGAGUACAGAGAGGUCCGUCAGUUCAAGACUGAUCACCACCUGGUCCGCUUCUACUUCGUGACCCGCGUCUUCUCCAGGUACAUGCAGAGCAUCAUCGAGGACUUCCGUCACGCCCUGAAACCAGACGUGGUCGUCAUAAAUUCCUGUGUUUGGGAUAUUUCAAGAUACAACUCUAAAUGGACCCAUGAUUACAAGGAGAACCUUCAGAGGUUGUUUGAUGAGCUGAGGAGUGUCCUGCCAGAGGAAACGCUGGUUAUUUGGAACCUCACCAUGCCUUUAGGAGAGAAGAUCAAAGGUGGCUUUCUGGUGCCUGAGAUUGAGCACAAAGCUCCACAGCUGCGCUAUGAUGUGAUUGAAGCCAACUUCUACAGCUGGACCGUGGCCGACAACUACGACAUGGACGUGUUGGACCUCCACUUCCAGUUCCGCUUCUCCUUACAGCACCGAACAAACGACGGAGUUCACUGGAACGCCAUUGCUCAUCGCAGGAUCACAGCUAUUCUGUUACGGCACAUUGCUCAGGCCUGGGGUGUGACGCUAACCGUUGGUGCUUUGUCUGUACAAAAUGGCUGCCAAACAGGAGCUGGAGGAAGUAUCGCUCCUGGAAAUGAGUUCUCCACUGAUUCUGUGCCUUGUGGCUUCUUGAGCUUUGAGGAACCAAAGACACCAGAACGUCGCCAUCAAGCUGUAGAGAACCCCAGAACUACCGUCCAACCAAAACGCAGCCAGCCACGCCGCAAACAUCGGAACAAACGUAAAUCACCCCAAAAUGGUUGGAACUACAUGCCUCCCCUGUACUUUGAGCCCUACGAAGAUCAUCCCAACCGCCUCCACCAUCAGUUUGUGAUGAGGAACCGAUACAGCAGACCCCACUACGCCCCGUACACCCAUUUCAGACCACUUCACUAUCCAGUUCAUAGAUAUUAUUAUUAUUGAAAUGGAGGUGAUCU